AUGAAGCUCGACAUAUCAUGCUUUUGUUUUUUAUCCAAAAAUGAGUACAGAGUACUUACAGCUAUAGAAAUGGGUAUGAAAAAUCAUGAAUAUUUAGACGUACAAUUAAUAGCUAGUAUAGCAAAUUUAAGAAAAGAAGGUAUUAUGAGUGUAUUAAAAAAAUUGUUAAAAAAUAAAUUAAUAAGUCAUGAAAAUAAAAUAUAUGAUGGAUAUAAAUUAACUUAUUUAGGAUAUGAUUUCUUAGCAUUAAGAGCUUUUUUAAAUAGAGGUAUAUUAAAAAGUGUGGGUAAUCAAAUAGGUGUAGGAAAAGAAUCAGAUAUAUAUAUAUGUAAAGAUGUGAAUGAUAAUUUAUUAUGUUUAAAAAUUCAUAGAUUAGGUAGGAUAUCAUUUAGAACUAUAAAAAAUAAUAGAGAUUAUUAUGGAAAAAAAAAAUUUCGAAAUUGGCUAUAUUUAUCAAAAAUAGCUGCAACAAAAGAAUAUGCAUAUUUAAAAGCAUUAUAUGAAAAUGAUUUUCCUGUUCCUAAACCAUAUGAUUUGAAUAGACAUAUGAUUUUGAUGUCUUAUGUAAAUGGAUAUCCAUUAUCUCAUGUAAAAAUAAGUAACCCUUUCAAAGUUAUCGAUUUUUUGUUAAAUACAAUUAUAAAAUUUGCAAGGUCAGAUAUAAUUCAUGGUGAUUUUAAUGAAUUUAAUAUAUUAAUUGAUGAUAAUGAAAAUAUAACAAUUAUAGAUUUCCCUCAAAUAGUUUCUUUACAUCAUGAAAAUGGAAAAAUGUAUUUUGAAAGAGAUGUAAAAUGUGUUAUUAGUCAUUUUUAUAAAAAAUAUAAAAUAAGAAUUGAAGAUUAUCCAUUAUAUGAAGAUAUUGCAUCUUUAGAAAAUGAAAAAAUUAUAAAAGAUGAAAAUAAUAUUUCUAAUAAGCAUGAUAAUGCACUUUUAGAAAUUUUGCAAAAUGAUAAAUCUGAUUAUGAAACUAAUUUAUCUGAUACUGAAUCUACUAUAACACUUCACAAUGAUAAUAAAUCAAUUGGAAGUAUAGUAGAGAUAGAUAAAAAUAAUAAAACAAUUGAACAAGAUUUAAAAAAAAAUGAUGAUAAAAAUAGUGUCUUAAAAAAUAGAAAAGAUGAUACUUUUAGUGAUAUAUCAACGAAUUGUUUAAACGAAAGUUUAGAUAAUCAAUAUAAAGAUGCUUAUGAAAAUAAUCAGGAAAGAGAAGCUGAAAAUAGUAAAUUAUAUAAAAGAGAAGAUACCAUUAACGAAAAUAUUAAUGAUGAUAUUUUGGAAAAAAAAAAUGAAGAAAUAAUUUCAAACUUGUCAAAUAGUAUAUCUGAUAAAGAAAAUGACAACAUAAAUUUAGAUGAUAAAAAAUACAAUGAUAAGAAAAAUUCUGAAUUAGAUGAUAGUUAUCAAGAUAUUCCAAGUGAACAAAAAGUUACGUCUCAAAAUAUGGGAAAUGAAAAAAGUGAUGAUGAUAAUACUAGCGAUAGUGAAGAUAAAUUAGAUAGCGAAAAUUCAAGUGAGGAAUCAAAUAGUCAUAGCGAUAAUUAUUUGACCGAAUAUUCGAGUUGUGAUUCUAAUAAUAGUCAAUCUGGGGAAACUAAAAAAAAAUUAUCUGACACUUGGAAUCCACAUAUUAAAAAAUAUACGAAAGAAUAUGCAAAAAGCAAAUUAAAAUAUAUGGAUAGAAAAAAAAAAAAAAAGGAAAAAUUUAAGGAAAAUUUAAAAACAAAAAAUAAAAAAAAAUUGAUGGAAAAAAUUAAAAAUUAUAUCUAG